UGCCUACAAACCGACGCGUUUCUCAAACAUUGGGUGGGCAGCCUGCGCCUGUCAGACUGGGACUCGAAGUCACCACUACAAUUUAGUACUACUGUAUCCGCUGCGGGCGGCCUGGCAAGUCCUCCCCGCAUAUUAUUGUUUGUUGCCGGCAACAUGCGACGACAACCGAGAUUCCGGGGAAUUUCCCUUGAUACAUAUACCACCCUGAACCCUAGAACAGCUACAGCAUGUCUGUCUAACGGUGUGAAUAUUUCUGCGCGCGCUGGCUCCAUCAUGCCCAACUAUCGACUGGCUCGAGCUGCCGGUGGCUGGCGGCCGAGUUCAGUAAUCCUACGCUCAUCUUCUUCCCGUGUGCAGCAUAGGGCCGCACAUACCAAAGACGCUCCCCAGACGACCACACCAGCCAAAUCCCUUGAUUCAAUUCUGAUAGCAAAUCGAGGCGAGAUAGCUAUACGCGUCAACCGGACAGCCGCCCAGCACGGCAUUCGGACAACCACACUCUACACUACCCCGGAUGCAGAGUCCCAACAUGCGCAUUGCUCACCAUUCUCAUUCAAUCUGGGGCCGAGCACCGGAUAUCUCGACCAAAAGAAGAUUUUGGCAGUUGCCAAACAGCAGGGCUGCCAGGCCAUCCAUCCAGGCUAUGGCUUUCUGUCAGAAAAUGCCGACUUUGCCAGAAGAUGCGCCGAGGAAGGUGUCACGUUCAUCGGUCCUCCCCCGAGCGCUAUCGAAGACAUGGGAGACAAGGCGCGGAGCAAAGAGAUCAUGAACGGAGCUGGGGUGCCCUGUGUGCCUGGUUAUCACGGCUCCGACCAAGCUCCCGAAACGCUCGCGGCAGAGGCAGACAAGAUCGGAUAUCCUGUGUUGAUCAAGGCCGUGCGAGGCGGCGGGGGCAAGGGUAUGCGGAUUGUAAGGACCGCAAAGGAGUUCCCGGAUAUGCUGGAAAGCGCCAAAAGCGAGGCGAGGAACUCGUUCGGCAAUGACGAAGUGCUAGUAGAAAAGUAUAUCACCACGCCGCGGCACAUCGAGGUCCAGGUGUUCGCUGACAAGCAUGGCAAUUGUGUUGCCUUGGGUGAGCGAGAUUGUUCCAUACAACGGAGACACCAGAAGAUCCUUGAGGAGUCACCAGCCCCAAACCUGGACAACGCGAUCCGAAAAGAUAUCUGGGAAAAGGCUCGCGCGGCGGCCCUGGCUGUCAAUUACGAAGGAGCCGGAACUGUCGAGUUUAUCUUCGACAACGACACCGGCGACUUCUAUUUCAUGGAAAUGAACACGCGUCUCCAGGUCGAGCAUCCCGUGACCGAGAUGGUGACCGGGCUUGAUCUGGUUCAUUGGCAGAUCCUGGUGGCUGAAGGCAACGAAUUACCAUUGACUCAACAACAGGUGGAAGAAGGAAUGGCACAACGCGGCCAUGCCAUUGAAGCUCGAAUCUACGCUGAAAACCCAGAUAAGGGAUUCAUACCUGACUCGGGCAAGCUUCUGCAUGUUCGACUGCCCAAGGAAACCUCAGACGUUCGCAUCGAUAGCGGCUUUAUCGAGGGCGACGAAGUCUCGAGCCAUUAUGACCCCAUGAUUGCCAAGCUGAUCGUGCGCGGUGAGGAUAGGAAAGACGCCUUGCGCAAAAUGGCGGCGGCUUUGCAGGACUACGAGGUGGCGGGCCCGGUGACCAACAUCGACUUCCUCAAGCGAGUAUGCAAAUCGCUGGAUUUCGUGUCGGGCCAAGUCGAGACUGGGUAUAUUGAGAAACAUCGUGAAGAACUAUUCCCACAUACAACUCCAACGUCUGAAGUGCUCGCUGAGGCUGCCUUGGCUUCCUUCUUGCAGUCCUCGCAGCCGUCACUGGGCUCGGUUCUCACGUCGUUGCAAUCACCUUCCCCGUCCUGGCUAAGCACAUCGGCCGACUUCCAGCCCCGGACAUUCCAGUUCCAGUCAGCCGAUUUUGAAGCAGGACCAGGACGCGUGCCCGAGAUCUAUAGCGUCGAGUUGCAACAGGUCAUCCCCGGCCAAUUCUUGGUGAGGACAGAUCAAUCCCAGGAGCGGCCAUUCCAGGUAUCAUCAUCACUCGACCCAGAGACUCAUACCAUGACCACGUAUUUCCCUCAUACACGUCACACCUCGCGCAUCGUCUUUGGAUCCUCGGAAUCCGGCAUCCUUCACCUCUUCACGCCGCAAGGGUCGUUUCGGCUCGUCGCCCCGCCACCGGCCUGGCUGUCCAAGGCACUUGGAGUGGUGGAAAAGCCCAAUUCGCUGUUCUCGCCAAUGCCUGCGAAAAUCCUGCGGGUGCUCGUCAAACCAGGUGACGCGGUGCAGAAGGACCAGCCCCUGAUUGUGAUUGAGAGCAUGAAGAUGGAGACUGUCAUCCGCAGCCCUGCCGAGGGUUCUGUCGUGAAGAGAAUCGUGCACAAUGAGGGUGAGGUCGUGCGUAGUGGUGUUGAAUUGGUGGAAUUCGAAGAAGGCGAAACUGACGGGUCACCGCCAUAAAUGAGCACGUCCCUUGGACGGAGACCGUCUAUUGCGGCUCACAUACCUUGUGUUUGAUCAACACAGAGCUGGUCGUCCAGCGACGGAACACAACUUGGAAUCUCCCUCACCACACUAUUCCACCAUGACCAAAAAGACCUUAUAUGAUGAGACAGUUGUCCCCAAUCAGAGAGCGACAUUCAGGCAAAGACCUCGUCAAUAUGCACAAUCAGGACAGUCACUUCUCUGGAUUCCUAGACAAGCUUGGUAUCCAGUACCGAAACUAGAGGCUAGGUAUGGGCGAGUGAGCCAGAAGAAAUUACGGGAACACGCAGUGGUAUGUCUAUACAUGCUGUAUAUUGUUGAGACAGGCUCGAUCUGGGAAUCAUAAAACGCCGGGCCGCUGGAUUCUCGCAUCAUUCACAAUCAGGUCGGAGGAUCGCCAUAUUGUCGGCAAUUGAGAGCUUUGAAGGCUUUGAGUUUCUUGGGCACGGGGGACUAGUCAGUAUGGCAGUGCAUACUUGGAGUAUGCCCCAAAUUUGAUAUGUCUCUGGAAGGCAUUUCUUCGAGCUCCUGCUACAGUGCGAGGGAUAAACAGGCGUUGAUUCUGUGGGGAAGCUGAUCGUCCGCCGCAACUUCGGAUACUGUAUGAUCAACGGUCGCCUGUAGGGGUCAGGGCUUCCAACCGUCCCCGCGCAUAUAAUGUACUGUAGCUGCAGAUACAACACGAGCAGAUCAUGCUCCUCAGAUCCAGCACCUCGGGGUAGUUGGGCCGAAAGCUGGGGAUGAACAACGUGAAGGAUCUCCACUGUGGGUGUCGGAGUAUUCGGGGCGGCGGGUGCAGUGCUGAUCCUCGAGAGAAGCGAUGAUCAAAUUGCUAGGGAGAGGGUGUCUCGCAGAAGGCUGGGGGACUCGGAGCUUAGCCGUCAAGCCCAGAUAAACAGGUUCAGGUUCCGCCGAAUGUCCUGCUAUUUACCGACGUCGGGUGUGGUAAUCUUCGGGCCGGAUUCGGUGAGGCGGAUUGAAUUGCGGUGUCACAGUGAUGCCAGCCGCUGCCCUAGGUACCUUGCUUGCCAUGAGCUUCAAGUUGAUCAACAUGCCGGCGGCCCCUUCCAGCAGAUGACCAUGUCAACAACUGGUAGUACGUAAAAGUUGAAGCAAAGAGGCAGGCUGUCAGGAACCAGCGUUCAAGGUGCUAGGGCAGUCCACUUCUACUGGAGGUUCAGACGCAACCUACUGCACUGCAGCUGAACGAGAGAGCGGAAGAUGAUUCCCUUCAAGUUCAGCCAGGCGCAGGUACAUACCUAAUCAACUCAACCGUCCUAAUGCGGGAACCUUCAGGGUAAAAAGCAUUGCAGUGCUUUCAAGGGGCAC